CAAGAUGGCGGACAAGUAAACAAAAAAGGCAGAAAGGAAGUACCAAAGAAAGAAAUCAAUUUUACUAUUCCAGAUCUUUGAUUCAUGAUGGAUAAAAGAGAGCAGCAUUUAGUAAAAGCUAUUAAAGAUACAGCAGGCUCUCUCUUCUGGAUCAAGGUAGCUGGUAUUGGUAAUGAAGCAGUCGGGAAAACAUGCCUUGUUAAAAAUUUUUGCGAGAAAAAAUUUUCAAAAAGCUAUCAUCAAACGGUUGGAGUAGAUUAUGGUUUCAAGAUACACAAAAUAAAUGGAAUUGAAUAUAGAAUAAACUUUUGGGAUUUUGGUGGAAAUGAAGACUAUGAUGAAAUAAGGAUUGAGCUAUAUGGACAAACACAGGCAUGCAUAAUCGUAUAUGAUGUGACAAACCGACUUUCCUUUGAAAGCAUUGAUAAGUGGCUCCAUGAAUUUAUGUCAGGAGGUGGGAAAAAUGCUGUCAUGGCUGUUGUAGCCAACAAGGUUGAUUUAACAUCCAGAAGAGUGGUGAGCUCAAAAGAAGGACAGAAAUGGGCAAAGGACCAUGACUUCAAGUAUUAUGAGACUUCAUCAGCAACUGGCAGUGGAGUGUAUGAUAUGUUCAAUGAUCUCUUAACAACAGUAGUUGAAAGAAAGUUAGUUAAACCAAAACCAAUAAUCAUUGGUGAAAAAGAAGGAAGAAGAAAAUAAGAAAAGGUGAAAUUAUAGUAUGAGAAAAGUAAAUAAUGCUAAUAAAGGAUUGGUCAUUGAUUGGCAUGCACGCAGGAGGAUGUGUCUCGUGCAACUCUAGCUUCUUGGGUGCAUAAGUAACUGACCAAAAGCACCCUGAACACAAGAUGGAAGCAUGCUAAUCAAUGACCAAAGCUAUAACAUAGCAAAAGCGUGAAAAAAUAUUUUUUAAUCAAGAAAAGUUCAAAAAUUUUCUUAACAAAAUCUCCAUUACAUAGCGCACGCUACUCAAUCAGUCAGCGUGCACCAUCGAUUUCUGGAUGCAUGCUUAAGUGCGUGCUAAAUAACCAAUCAGAGCGUGCCUUAUAUUGUGGUUAUGUUAUAACAGUAGGUAUGACACCAAUCUUGAUCUUUUGGCUUUGAUUUCUAUCAGUUCAUUUCUAACCAGUCAGGAAACACAGAGAAAAAUUAAAUUAUAAAAUUAUGGGCAAAGUAAAGAAUAAAAGUUUGUCAUCCAACAGCAAGCAUAUGAUUAUCCUCCUAAUAUUGCAUUAAAUCAAAUCCAACUAGUGGUCUUUCAUCAAUGCUACAGUCUGUUUGGAUAAGCUACUUCUAGCCUAUAAGUUAUAUCCAACUAGAAGCGAAAAGUGCUGGCUUUGAAAACCAAAACAGAUUAAAUUUAACUUUAAAUCAAAA